AUGAGUAUCUCCCGUAUGUCGUGGCACCCACAGUACCGCAGCUCCAAGUUCCGCCAUGUGUAUGGCAAAGCCGCCAGCAAGGAGAAGUGCUAUGACUGCGUGCCCAUCACCCGCAACGUCCACGACAACCACUUCUGUGCCGUGAACCCCCACUUCAUUGCGGUGGUGACUGAGUGCGCGGGCGGGGGGGCCUUCCUCGUCAUUCCCAUCCACCAGACAGGCAAGCUCGACCCACAUUAUCCCAAAAUAUGUGGGCACAAAGGGAGUGUUCUGGACAUCAAGUGGAACCCGUUCAAUGACUUCGUAAUAGCUUCAUGUUCAGAAGAUGCCACAGUUAAAAUCUGGGACAUCCCCAAGCACUUGCUAACAAGAAACGUUACCAGUCCGAAGAAGGAGCUUCUUGGGCAUGUUCGAAGAGUGGGCCUCAUUGAAUGGCAUCCCACUGCUAAUAACAUCCUCUUCAGCUCUGGCUAUGACUACAAGAUAAUGAUCUGGAAUCUUGACACCAAGGAGGCUGUCAUCUCGAACCCGGUGAAGAUUCUCGACGCUCACAAAGAUGUGGUCCUCUCCAUGUCGUUCAACACAGAUGGCAGUCUCCUUGCCACAGCCUGCAGGGACAGAAAGAUACGUCUGCUAGACCCUCGUGCAGGAACAGUCCUACAAGAAGCCAGCUACAAGUCUCACAGAGUCAAUAAAGUCUUGUUCCUUGGAAACGUGAAAAAGCUGUUCUCUACUGGAACAUCUCGGUGGAAUAAUAGGCAAAUUGCAUUAUGGGAUCAAAAUGACCUUUCUGUGCCUUUGCUGGAGGAGGAUCUGGAUGGCUCUUCAGGACUCCUGUUUCCCUUCUACGACUCAGACACGCACAUGCUUUAUGUUGUGGGAAAGGGUGAUGGAAAUAUACGGUACUAUGAGAUAAGCCCUGAGAAACCAUACCUGAACUACCUGAUGGAAUAUCGUUCUCAUUUACCACAGAAGGGAAUUGGAAUGAUGCCAAAGAGAGGCCUUGAAGUGUCAGCUUGUGAGAUUUUCCGUUUCUACAAACUGAUCCCAACUAAAAGCCUGAUUGAGCCCAUCUCCAUGAUUGUGCCUCGACGGUCGGAGUCAUACCAGGAAGACAUCUACCCCUUGACCACAGGAGCCCAGCCAGCGCUGACAGCACAAGAGUGGCUGAACGGAGUUAACAAAGGGCCUCUCUUGGUAUCCUUGAGACCAGGCUCUGGAGCUGUGAAUUCCUUACCACAGUUUCUUGAGCCAGAGCCACUCAUGAAAACUACUGACCUGAGCCAGCACCAGGGUCGGGGAGGAAGGAUGCCACUGGAGGACAUGCAGAAGCCAAGUGAGAUAGAAGACAGCAGAAAACAGCUGAAAGUGGAGGAGAAAUUGCCGAAAAAUGAGCAAAUAUGCCUCUCCAAUGGCUUUGACAUAUUUGAGUGUCCACCACCAAAAACUGAAAAUGAGCUUUUGCAGAUGUUUUACCGGCAACAGGAAGAAAUCCGUAGACUACGUGAGCUGGUAAACCAGAGAGAUAUCCAAAUUAAACAGCUGGAGCUGGAGCUCAGAAACCUCUGCACGGACACAGGCAGUUACUGA